CGGCGCCGCAGCCAUGGAGGGAGGCGGCGGCGGCGGUGGCGGCUCGGGCGGCUGCGCUGGGAGGCGGCCGUGAGCGGCUCCCACGCCCCCGGCCCGGCCCCGGCCCCCCGGGACGGAGCGCCGAGCAGUCCCGGCUCCGGGCUACGGACUAUGGGCGAGCAGCGCUGAGCACCGGGGGAAGAGCUGAGAAUGAAGCGGAGAGCAUCAGACAGAGGAGCUGGGGAAACGUCAGCCAGGGCAAAGGCUCUAGGAAGUGGGAUUUCCGGAAAUAAUGCGAAGAGAGCUGGACCAUUCAUCCUGGGUCCCCGUCUGGGUAACUCCCCGGUGCCAAGCAUUGUGCAGUGUUUGGCGAGGAAAGAUGGCACGGAUGACUUCUAUCAGCUGAAGAUCCUUACCCUUGAAGAGAGGGGGGACCAAGGAAUAGAAAGCCAAGAGGAGAGGCAAGGCAAGAUGCUGUUACACACCGAGUACUCUCUGCUUUCCCUCCUCCACACGCAGGAUGGUGUGGUCCACCACCACGGUCUCUUCCAGGACCGCACCUGUGAAAUCGUUGAGGACACAGAAUCCAGCCGAAUGGUUAAGAAGAUGAAGAAGCGCAUCUGCCUCGUCCUCGACUGCCUCUGUGCCCAUGACUUCAGCGACAAGACUGCCGACCUGAUCAACCUGCAGCACUACGUCAUCAAGGAGAAGAGGCUCAGCGAGCGGGAGACCGUGGUCAUCUUCUACGACGUGGUGCGCGUGGUGGAAGCCCUGCACCAGAAAAACAUUGUGCACAGAGACCUGAAGCUUGGGAACAUGGUGCUCAACAAAAGGACGCAUCGGAUAACCAUCACCAACUUCUGCCUCGGGAAGCAUCUCGUGAGCGAGGGGGACCUGCUGAAGGACCAGAGAGGGAGUCCCGCCUACAUCAGUCCAGACGUGCUCAGCGGCCGGCCGUACCGGGGCAAGCCGAGCGACAUGUGGGCCCUGGGUGUGGUGCUGUUCACCAUGCUGUACGGCCAGUUCCCCUUCUAUGACAGCAUCCCGCAGGAGCUCUUCCGGAAGAUCAAGGCUGCUGAGUACACCAUCCCUGAGGAUGGACGCGUUUCUGAGAACACCGUGUGUCUCAUCCGGAAACUGUUGGUCCUCGACCCCCAGCAGCGCCUGGCUGCUGCCGACGUCCUAGAGGCCCUCAGUGCCAUCAUUGCGUCAUGGCAGUCUCUGUCAUCUCUGAGCGGGCCUUUGCAAGUGGUCCCUGACAUCGACGACCAAAUGAGCAACGCAGACAGCUCCCAGGAGGCUAAGGUGACAGAAGAGUGUUCCCAGUAUGAGUUUGAGAACUACAUGCGGCAGCAGCUGCUGCUGGCUGAGGAGAAGAGCUCCAUCCACGAGGCGCGGAGCUGGGUGCCCAAGCGGCAGCUGGGUGGUGCCCCACUGGUGCGCCGGCUGGGCCACGACGCACAGCCCAUGAACCCCUUGGACGCAGCCAUCCUGGCGCAGCGCUGCCUGCGGAAAUAGCAGCCUGAGGCCGGGCCACCAGCACCACCCGCCACCUCUUCCUGGCUCCCAGCCAACACCGGGCUGAGGGGCCAGGCCCUGGAGUGCUGAACUCUCUCCCAGGCUGCCACAGGGACCGGCAGGGACAGCCCAGGUCACACAUGGGGUCAGCAGAGGUACCACGAAGCUACCUUUUGGAAUGAUUGCUUGAUCGUUUGGUUUUUUAAUCAGAGAAGCCUAGAUAACUAAUCUGCUUUUAAUCAUGACGUUUUAAUCUACCUCUGUCUCUUCACCAUGCUGUCUCUGGACUGAGUGAGAGGGAGGAGAAGGGAGCCCACCCAGCCACCCUGCCCCGGGCAGCUGCUCCCCACAGUCCAAAUAAGCUGAAAGUGCAGCUCGCUGCUGGCUCCCAAAAUGAAUGCCCACCCCACAGUCAGUUUGCCUUCCUCCUUUCUGACCCCAGGCCCCUCAGUCCAAGCUUUGGAAAACCUUCACCUCAUCUUAAGCGAAAUUCAAAUAUAUUUAUUUUUAUACUGAAACCAACUUCUCUCCCCAUCUCUAGGUGGCUCGGCCCAUGGCCACUCCCUGCUCCCAGCCUGGCUGGACAGCAGGGAGUCCACAGCCCACAGAUGGGCCCCUUCCUCGCCCCCAGACUCAGAGGCCUCUUCUUGCCGGCCCCUCCCCCUCCAGCCUACCGGUCCCUCCUUGUUUCUGGUGACAGGAGGCCUUUCUCAGCUUGGUCCUUUCCCCCAUCUCAGUAGCUUCUCUGAGGAGCUGGACACUCGCAUUACCCUGCUUUCCUUGUCCACCCCUCACCGCGGUACUGAGGUAACGCUGACAGAGAUGUGAAAGGGGCGCCCCGGGCUGGCCGUGAACAGGUGGGCCCUGCUUGCAUGCCCUCUCGCUCUCCACACCCCACUCUGUGUUCAGAGAAUUGUGGGGGCAUCUCGCCGCCUGCCCUUGCCUCUCCCAGCAGAGCCCGGCCGGGGGCUGCAGGGUUCGUGGGGAGAAUUAUAGAGACUAGGGGCCCUGUCUGGCCUGAGAACAGCCCUGCUGCCCUUUUUGAGCCGAGAUUUUGAAGUGGAUGCCCGUCUUGCCAGAAAUGCUGUUCUCACCAGAAUGCCCUCCCACUCACUCUCCCUACUGGACUUAGCCCUGCCCAGUGCCAUGCAAAGACCUUCCCCCGGCCUCCUCACGAGACCCCCUCGGAGAGACCAAGGCCAAGUGUGUCCCUCCAGGCACUCCUGGGCCCUCAGGCUGUUCCUGCCUGUCCUUGCUCCCCAGUGGGAAGGUGACCGAAGUCUGUGUGACCUUGUUUCCCAGUGUGAGCUGCCCUUUCCCCAAAAGCUGACUCACUGUGAGUGACUUGGGCAAGUUCCCAAACCUCCUUGUGCCUCAGUUUCCCCAUCUGGAAAAAAUGGGGCCACCUCUUGCCAGCAGUAGCAGGGCCGCCCAAUGCCCCUUCCUCCCCUUGCCCUCAUCCCAGCACUUGGGCGCCUCGUGCCUCUGCCUCAGUGGGUCUGAGGGAGCCCGCCUGAGCCCAGCACUUCACACCCCUGAGCACCAAGCUCUGCCUCUGUCAGCUGUAUGCAUGGCAGCUGAGAGCUGGGUCUCGUGCUGUGGGGUCGGGGGUCACCCUCUUUUCUAUAUUUAUUUCAAAAAGAAGUCUCCUAAGGGAGUAGAAAUACAGUCCAGCCGAGGGCUCCCAGCCCCUGUGACUGUCCUCCUGUGAGGGGCUCAGCUGGCCCCUUGCCCAGCAGGCUCCCCAGACCCUCCGGGCCUGCUUGCCACGUGUGGUCUUUCUCCUCCUUUUCAAAGCAAUAUUCUCCAGGUCUGCAGAGUCCUGUCAGACAGAGGUCCCUUCCAAGGUCAACCCACGUGUCUGAUUACAUUUCUAGCAAAGGAAAUGAGAGGAGGUUGGGUCUGCCCUCACUGGGUGUCACACGCUGAGAGAAGUCCAAUUGUAAAGAAACAAAACAAAAAAUCACAAAAAAGUUUGUAUAAAGACAUAUUUUUGUACUACAUGGGGACUCUUCCUGCAUGUCAGCAAUAAACUUCCUGAUCUGGAGCCAC